AUGGCUGCGUUUGAGUUCCUGACGAUUGAUUUACAUUCCUUCAGAGUGGACAACGUUGCAGCAUCAAUUCUGCUGGAAAAAGCACCGUCUGGUUACGUACCAGUCAUGGUGAAAGCCAAGCUGGAACUGAUUGGAGGGGUUGAUCCACUGCAGUUGGAGAGACCAUUGCUACAGAACACCAUGUUUCCUUCUGUUGACAGUUCGGACAUUGUCUCCUAUUUAGUCCUUCAGACGAGCUUCAUAACAGCCAAGCAAAUAUCAUCAAUAUCUCUCACACUGUUAAAUGUAGAAGAAGUAGAAAGAGCACGCUGUGAUAUGUUCAAAGAAGUCUUCAGUGCUGUUCGUGAACAGUAUAUGAGGGACGGAGAUUCCUUUUUACUUGUAUUUUCUCUUACUUCGAAGCUGUCUCUUAAUUCACUUGAAACAAUAUUCAAACAGCUGUCAAGGGUUUUAGGGACUGAGUCCACACCAGCAGUUGUAGUGGGCAAUAAGAGUGAUUUGAUUGAAGAUCGAGAAGUCUCAGCAUCUGAAGGUCAAGAGUUGGCCAGCCGAUAUCAUUGCAGUUACUUGGAGACUUCAGCUCUAAAUCGCAUAAACAUAGAUGAAGCUUUUCAUGAGGCAGCUCGACUUGCCAAGGCCGCCAGGGUUCAAACACAAAAACAUGCAAGAAAGCAUAAGGAACAGAAGAAGGACAAGGCUCAACAACGAUGUUGUAUUAUUUUGUAGCUUUCAUUAGUGAGUCAUUGACUUUCUGUAAUUUUUUUAUAUUCAUGAUGUUAAUACAUUCACUUGUUACCAUUUCUA